CUCCUCCUCCUCCUCCUCCUGGAGGGGUCACGGCAGCUCUGGCUUUAAAAGCAGCCUGCGCCUCCUCUUCCUCCUCCACCCUGGAUCCUUCCUCCUCUUCCUCCUCCUCCUCCUCCUGCUCCUCCUCCUGCUCCUCCUCUCCCCUCUUGGAUGUUUUCUACCUGAGCUCCGUCUGGUUUCUCCGCUGAGUUGUUUGGAGCUGCUUUGAACCAACCAGGAGGACGGGCUCUCUUCAGCCAUGCAGAAGGUGGAGGGACGGGUCACUCCGGUCAACCUGCCGCCCUCCAGUGGUCCGAGCGCCCCGGGGUCUCCGGCCCCCGGCAUCAUGGCCCGUGUGAACGACCAGGUGGUGGGUUACAGAGACCUGGCAGCACUGCCCAAAGACAAAGCCAUCCUGCAGGUGGAGAGACCCGACCUGAUGACCUACCAACCACACCUGACCUUCUCGCCCCUCGACCCGCCGCGCAGAGAGCGCUCCUUGUCUCCUCCGUCCACGUCUCCAACCAUGUCUCCAGAGGUGAAGGCGCGCGGAGCCGAGUGCGAGAGUGAAAGUGGAUCACCUGGAGGAUCCACGCUGCAGCUGCAGCCCGGACGCAAGAUCAGCGCCAGCCAGCAGCAUUUCCACUGCCCAGACAACGGCUCCAACAUCUACAGGAAGCCUCCCAUCUACAGCAAGGAUUUCAAACACGUGGAGGGCAGCGGCGUGAUCCAGUCUGCCAAGUUCCCAGCAGCUCAGCCCCCGGACCCCAACCAGCCGUCCAAGAUCGAGACGGAGUACUGGCCCUGCCCCCCCUCGCUGGCAGCCAUGGAGAUCGAGUGGAGGAAGAAGAAGCUGCGGGAGGAAGAUGAAGAUGAGUUUGAGGACCUGACAGAAGAAGCUGAAACGCUACAGGAGCAGGAGCUGGAGAAGAUCAAGUCCAACCUGGGUCGAAUGAUCCUGAAGGAGGAGAAGGAGAAGGCCGUUCACUACCGGAGGAAGACACAGUCGUUGCCAGACAGAACGCACAUGCACGGCAGUUUGUCGGCGAGUGCGUCCAAGUCUCCCUCACGCUCCGGCCUGGCCAGAAUCCAGUCUGCAGAAUUUUCCACAGAAGAGGAUAAAGUUCAGCCAGCGGCUCAGAACGGGGAGGCCCGGCGGGACCGGAUGGACCGAGGAAACUCUCUGCCGAGCAUCCUGGAGCAGAAGAUCUACCCGUAUGAAUCCCUGCUCGUGACCCACAGGGGGCGCUCUAAGCUGCCGCCGGGAGUGGACCGGACUCGGCUGGAGAGGCAUCUCUCCACGGAGCAGUUCCAGCAGGUGUUCGGGAUGCCCUCGGCCGAGUUCGACCGCCUGUCGCUAUGGAGACGGAACGAACUGAAGAAGAAAGCCUCUCUUUUCUAAGAGGAAGUGACCUCAUUCUCAUCAAAUACUUGACGGAGCCUCAGCUUUGAACAGAGGAGGAGGACACCCAAAGAAGGGCCGUAUCCAAUCAUCCAAACAGCAGACACACACAGCGACCCCCUCCCCCCCCCCAUCGUACUAACCAACCCCCCCCCCCUCGUGGAUGACGGCUGGUUCUGGUGGAUUCUGACUAACCUUAAACUGAUGCACUGACAUAUUACCUGUGCUGCACUUAUAACCGCCACUGCUUGCAAAUCCUCACUAUUAUAUAUCCACUCCAACUCCACCCCCACCCCCACCAUCAUUAUCAUCAUUAUCAUCAUCAUCAUCAUCAUCAUCAUCAUCAUCAUCACAUCAUCAUCGUCGUGACAUUCAGUCUCAGUUUCAGGUUGUUAUCCUGAAGAGAAAUCAGCCGCUGCUGUUCUGAGAUGAGUUCAGGUUUUAUCAUGAAGCUGUUUCAGUGGACCCAGGCUGGUCACCAUGGCAACAGGCUCUUCCUGCCGUUGUUUUCAAAUUUGAGACAUCAGAACCGAGCAUCCAUCAAAUUUGAGCCCAUAACUAUUUUACUUGUCUGCUUAAAGAUUUAUAACACCAAGGUUUUGGGGGUUUUUAUCAGUUCUAUCUAAAAUCUGAACUUUUUAUAUUUGAACUUUUCCACACAUGGACGUGUGCGCGUGCACGCGUCACACGGGUUCAGGAAGAAGAACUGCAUCCUUCCCUCUCCUGAUGACCGGCUCUGGACACGUCUGCAGGGCCGCAGGGCGUCGUCGUACGGAUCAUUACGGCCGCUCUUAAACCUCUCCAUCACUCGUUUGGACGUUGACCUUGUCAGGAGUCUGCGUGGUCCAGCAGAGGGCGCUCUCGGGUCCCACUGACCAAACAAAUGUCCUCCUGACCUCUGUUUCCUUGAAAAGUCAGAGUAACGAACGAGAUGAGUCAAGGGUUUGGCUCUGCUCCGUCCCGAAUUCAGAGGCUGACGAGGCAGAUUAAAUGUUUUAUACUUUUUAUGACUGCUGCAAGCGUUAACACUUGAAUUCAAUUAUUUCAAACUUGAUUUUUGGAGGCUGCAACAGACGUAAUUGUAACUAUAACCGCAGAGAGAAGGGAACCUCAUCCUUUACAGACACACUUCCUCCUCCUCCUCCUCCUCUUCCUCUUCCAGCGUGAUGUUCGUCACAGCUCCAUCAUCAAGAAGAGACAAAAACACAAGAUGUCAAAUUAAGGGUUUUCUCUGAGAUUCAUACAGAAACUAGCCGCAUUUUAAAACCUGUCAAACCAUCACAAAUACCUUCUUUUUUUUUUUAAAUUUGAGGAAGUGGCGAUGGAAGAGGAAAAAACAAGAGUGACUCAAACAAAGAACUGCAGUUGCAGUAAAAGUUGGACGUCGUAAAAGUAAAAGUGACUCAACCUCCACGCCUACAGGACCAAUAAAAACGUACUACUUUAGUAUCUCAGCUGUAAAGUCCCAGGAUGUUGGGAUCCCCUGCCCCCACAGGCCGGAGGUUGGUGUCAUCGUCCAGCAGAGGGAGCUCAGAGACCUGAGACCUGAGCUCAGAGACCUGAGCUCUCUGUAGUCCACAGUAAACCUGACUCAGCUUCAUGACUCCAGGGCAGAUGUCUCUUCACGAUGCAGCUCUGACGCGUUUCCUGCCACUUGUUCAGCAGCUGAUCUGGGUUUUUAUGUAUCGUGUGCAGCUUUUAUUUAUUAUUAGACGAUUGUGGUUUUAAAAUGUUGUCUUUAUACUGAGCAAUGAAGAUGCCUGUCCUUUAUCACGUGUCCAGGUGGAGGACGAGUCUGCCCUCUGUCUGUGCUCCAUCCGUCCCUCAUCCUCCCAGUUUCUGUUGUACGACUCAAAUAAAUCUGAUAUCAGCACCUAACUGGUCCCUGCGCUUUUUAUGAUUUAAUAUAGAUGGGAUUGAUAUUAAUAGAGUAAGGGAAACCAAGUUUUCGGGUGUCAUGCUGGAUGAGAAUUUGAAUUGGAAAUCACAUACAUUACACAAAGAUA